AUGCCUCCUAGACGAAACGUACCUGCUAGGGAUAACAAUGAUGUCUCGGCAAUGGACCGCAUGGCCAUGGCAAUGGAACAGAUGGCUGAGUUCAUGAUGGCUCAGCAAGUUCACAAUCAAGCCCAAGUGCAACCACGGGUGGAUAUUACUAAAGCUAUAGCAAAUAGACGACCACCGUAUUAUGCGGGGGAAGAAGACCCAGUGAUCCUAGAAGAAUGGAUCAGAACAUUUGAUAAACUGCUAAACGCUGUGAAUUGUCCUGAAGAGCAGCGAGUGUCUUCUGCAGUGUACUACCUGACCAAAGCUGCGGAUAACUGGUGGACGACGGUUGGACCUAAUCUUCUACGAGACCCAGGAUUUGGCUGGGAAGAGUUUAAGGGGGAAUUAAGAGGUCAAUUCUACACUGAACGAAUUAAGGGCAUCAAAUGUGAAGAAUUCCUGCAACUGAAACAACAAGGAACAACAAUACAAGUUUAUCAUGAUAAGUAUGUUGAGUUGAUGAGAUUUGCCCAGGACAUCGUACCUGACGAGGCAAGCCAGGCAAGGAGAUUUGUAAGAGGAUUAGACUGGGGAGUGAGAAGCGCGAUCGCACCAUUUAUGUGCUCUACUCUCAAGGAAGCAUAUAACAGGGCGUCCGAUCUUGAUCCAAGGUGUCUAUGA